AUGAAACCUUAUUCAGGCCUACAUGAAAAAGGAAGCAAAGAAAGAACCAUCGUCUAUCAGGAGCACGUCGCAUCGUGGAAAACUCCCGGGACUUUUGACUCUAAAGAAGACGGAAAUAUUACAUCUGGUGCAUGGCGUCAAAAUCAAGAUAAUAUGUCAAGUUUACUCCCUCUUCGUAAUAUCCUAAGAAAGCCCAGAACGGAAGCAAAAACUAUUAGAGAUGAGCUGGCAGAAUAUUUUAUGAGCAACGGAAGAGUAACUUGGCAAGAUUUAUACUGCUAA